AUGCUGCAGCAGAUCCUGCACGACAUGUACAUCGACCCUGAGCUUCUGGCUGAGCUCAGUGAUGUGCAAAAGCACAUCCUCUUCUACAAGAUGAGAGAGGAGCAGCUUCGGCGCUGGAGGGAGCGGGAGGCAUGGGACACCCUGGCCCAGGCAGAAGGCCUCAGACCUGCGAAGGUCAAGCGAGGUAUGUGGCUUUUUGCAGCAAGCAACAAGCACAUCCAGUGGCUGCUGGGAGCCGAUGGCGAGGUCUGGGUGUGGGUCAUGGGGGAAGGCCCUGGUGACAAGCCCUAUGAAGAGAUCUCUGAGGAGCUGAUUGCAGAGAGAGCACGGCUGCAAGCACAGAGAGAAGCUGAGGAGCUCUGGAGACAGAAAGAAGCAGAGAUCACCAAGAAGUUCCGGGAUGCCUUGGCCAAUGAGAAAGCCCGGAUCCUAGCGGAGAGGUGGAAAGUGGAGAUGGAGGACCGCAAGGCUGCCAAAAUUCUGGAGGAACGUAUACAUGAGGAAUUCAAGAGGAAAGAGGAAGAAGAGAGGAGGCGAGGAGAAGAACAGAUUCGCCUCCAGGAGGAGCAGAGAGCCAAGGAACUCUAUUGGACCCUGAAGCAGGCCCAGAUGCACUGCCAAGCCAGCGAGAGGGAGGAGCGUGAGUGGGAAGAACACUUGCGCAGAAUCAAGGCAGCUGAUGAAGAGAGGAGCCGUCGUGCCCAGCGAGCUCGGGAUGAGUACCGGCGCCACUCACUCCGUGCCAUCCAGAAGGGCACUGUUGCUGGCCUAAGCACCAUGUUCCAAGAACUUGGCCAGAACCAUGAGCAGGAGGCAAGGCUCUACCAUCAACUUCCAUGCACAAGUCCACCAUCAUCCCUCACAGGACCUGACAGCAGAACCUGGGAGCGUCCUCUACGUCCACUCUCCAGAGAAGUCAUUGUGCGCUGGUUCAAGGAGGAACAGCUGCCUCGCCGAGCAGGCUUCGAGAGGAACACCAAGUCCAUUGCUCCCUGGUUUCAUGGAAUUAUUAGCCGAGAGAAUGCAGAAGACCUUUUGGAGAGUAUGACCGAGGGAGCAUUUCUGGUCCGGGUCAGUGAGAAGAUCUGGGGUUACACCCUGUCCUACCGCCUACAGAGGGGCUUCAAGCACUUCCUUGUGGAUGCCUCUGGGGACUUCUACAGUUUUCUGGGAGUGGAUCCUAAUCGCCAUGCCACCCUCACAGAUCUCAUUGAUUUUCACAAGGAGGAAAUAAUCACUGUUUCAGGGGGAGAGUUGCUGCAGGAACCCUGCGGACAGAGGGAUAGCCCACCAGACUAUCACCUGUUGUUUGAAUGAUGUUUUUCCUCUUCCUCUUUGGACUCCUUUGAAUAUCCCAAACUUGAACUGAGCUUAAGAAUAUCCCCACUCAAAGCCUCAUGGCCUUCUAGAAGAUCCAUCAUUCUUCAGAUGAACAAUGGUAUUAGUGAAUCUCCAGAAUGUUACAAAAUAUGACUACAUUUAUGAGACUGGUCCCAUUCCAAAGCUCAAGACAGAAACCUGAAAUAACCAAUGCUCCUGGAAGCCUGUCUGUCAUGGCUGUUCUAAGCCAAACUUCUAGAGUGAAUGGAUUAUGUUUUACUAACCCAAAACAAUUCCAGUGCCGAACUUUACAUUUAAUAUAGGUUUGUUAGUUGAGUGAAUGCUCGUCUGAAAAAAUGCCCAACACCAAUGUGCAAUGGUUUCUAGCAAAUC